CUCAAAAAUCUCAUCCACAGUCGUUGUCGGGUUCUUCAUCUUCCGCCACGUCACGGCCGUUCCGCCAUUCGGAUCCAUCCAGUGGCUACUCGCCGCCGCACCUGCGCAUGCGGGAAAUAUAAGAUUCUCAGCUUUUUCAAUACGGGAUUAAAUUGUGUUGUGGAUCACCUUUAAUCCAUAGUUAUGGCGCUGAGGUCAAUUUGUCGGGGCUUGAAGAAGAACAAUCAGCUGUUUUUGCCGCUGUUUAAUUCGUGCUCGCAUUUGCACUCUCAUUCGACCAGCUUCGGGUUUAAGGAUGUUAGGGAGGAGGAAAAGAGUCAAUUGGUGGGCAAUGUUUUCACCAGCGUCGCGUCAAAUUAUGAUCUCAUGAAUGAUUUGAUGAGUGGUGGUUUGCAUAGAUUGUGGAAAGAGAGAUUGGUUUCGAAAUUGAAUCCGUUUCCGGGGAUGAAACAUCUUGAUGUGGCUGGUGGAACAGGGGAUGUGGCUUUCAGAAUUCUGGAAAGUAUAAAUAGUGUUCGGCAUAGGGCCAUGAGAGACAUUCAUGAUGAUAAUCUACUUGAAGAAACUCAAAUUUUUGUAUGUGAUAUAAACCCAAAUAUGUUGAAUGUGGGCAAAAAGAGGGCCCAAGAGAGAGGUCUUGGAGAUGAUAAAUCCCUCGUGUGGGUUGAAGGAGAUGCUGAAGCAUUAAAAUUUGAAGAUAAGUCGAUGGAUGGUUAUACAAUUGCUUUUGGGAUACGAAAUGUCACACAUAUAGAAAAAGCUCUUUCAGAAGCUCACAGGGUACUUAAACGGGGAGGAAGAUUUCUUUGCCUUGAACUGAGCCAUGUCGAACUCCCCGUUUUCAAAGAUUUGUAUGACUAUUACUCGUUCUCAGUCAUUCCAGCCCUUGGAGAGCUAAUAGCAGGUGAUCGUGAAUCUUAUCAAUAUCUGGUCGAGAGCAUUCGCCGUUUUCCUCCACAGGAGAAAUUCGCCUCUAUGAUAGCAGAGGUUGGGUUUCAAAAGGUCGAGUAUGAAAACCUUGUUGGAGGAGUGGUAGCCAUUCAUUCUGGCUUGAAGCUUUAGGUCGACUAGCAUUUUUCGGCAUUGUUCUUUGCUCUGCUUCGGUUUGAAGACUUCUGUUUCGGUAAACAGGUGAAAGAUAAAAGGAAACUUUGUUGAAACUCGAACGGAUAUUGUGACUAGUGACUGGUUUCGUCCGCCGGUUUUGCAUUGGUGCUUUUAUCCAUUGAAAAUCAUGCAUCUUUCUUGUAGCACUUUUCUGGAGAAAUGGUUCUAUUUACUUCUAUCAUGAUAUUUAUUAUUAUUUAUUUAUUCUUUUUUNCUUUUGUUAAAACCCACUGUAUAAUAUUAUGAAUGAGUUAGUUAUAUCAUAUGUGGUGUAUAUGCAAUGAAGGGAAAAUUUCAUCAGUCAUGGAU